AUGCUGCGUUUCUUUCGUGCAGCUGUGACGACUUCAAUUCUAGUAGCGGUGGUUGCCACCAAACUUGUCCAAGCUGAUACUUUGUGUUCGUUGCCACCAUUGACCUACACGAAAGCUAAGAUCGCAUACCCGGCGUCAGCCUUCGCUAUCGAAGCGCUGGAAAGAUAUGAGGUUGCGACGUGGUACUCGAAUCACACGGAGAACGGAGACUAUGCUAAGACAGCUGCCGAUUUAGUGGCGUUCUGCCCUGAAGAUACACGGAUUAGUAUCGUGAUUUACGGCUUGCCCAACCAAGAUUGCGCUGCCAAGGAGCUGGUGGCAAGUAGCACCGUGGAUUCCGCGUCCGAUUACGUCGUGUUUCUCAACACGCUCAUAUCAGCCAUCGGCAACAGAAAGGUGCUUUACAUUCUCGAGCCGGAUGCCAUCGGACGGCUUGUAGACACCACCGGAUGCGCCGAUCACCUGACCCAUCUGCAGACUGCCGUCGUCCUGUUAUCCCAGAACAAGAACGCCGAAAUCUACCUUGAUGUGGGCUACUGGACCCUCCAACAAUCCGCCACCUCCACUGCUGUGGCAGCAAUUGUCAAACAGCUCGCGUCUAUAGGAUUUAACGUAAAGGGAAUUACGCUCAACACUUGCAACUAUCAGUCGAUCAGCACCUUGGCUACACUCUGCAGCAACUUCCAAGGUGCUGUUGAUGCUACCAACCUGCACUGCAUCUUCGAUACGUCCCGAAGCUAUCGUGGUGGGCCGGCGUCGAACGAGUGGUGUAACGUCAAGAGUGCAGGAAUCGGUGCUUUGCCAACUAGUAAAACGGGGAUCAGCAACGUCGACUACUUCAUUUGGGCCAAGCCGCCUGGGAAGAGUGAUGGCACGUGUGACGGCCGUACGCCGGACUCGAUGCAUGGUCCUAAAGCUGGCAUCUUCUUUGAUGAAAUGUUCCAGUCUCUUUGGAACCAAGGCAUUAUGGUUGCCGAAAAGGGAUAUGCCACCAUUGACGGUACGUCAAGUGGAUCUCAAACAAACGAUCAGAAUCAACUAAAAGCUAAAGAUUCUUCACCGACCUCUGCCAACAGCGAGCAGAUCUCGACAGAGAGGUCAGGUAGCCACAGGAUGGGGACGUUUGGCGUGGUCGUCGUAAUUGUACUUGCUGCGGUUGUCCUUUUGGGCGUGAUUGUAGGUGUCUGCCAUCACCACAAGAAAGUGCUGAAUGAAGCCAAGACCCCUGCGGCCCCACUUCCUACAAGAAUUGUAAACUUUCUACCUCGUUCGGCUGCACUUGUACAAGGCUCCAACAUCGUCUAG